GAACCCAAAACAAAAACCUCGCAGAGAAACCCUUCCGAUCUAACUCUCCCCCAACAAAGACCCCAAACCCCCGCAUGCAGCAACCAACGCAAAAUCCCGCCCAAUGCGGCAACUCCAUAGCAAGGGAUAUAAGCUCGCCAGCAAGGGAUGCACCGCCGACAGCCUCAGCCCAACCCAUCGAGAUCGAAUGCAUCAAUCACCUCAUGGUCCUUGCAUCUUGCGACGGCCGGCCUGGCCUUAUUUAAAAGCAUGGCGUGGUGGCUCUGCCGGUGCAGCAGAUCUGCCUCCGCUGCUGGAUUUCGUCGCGCUAUCAUUCUAUCUUUGGUUUUUGAAGGGUCGCGCUACGGAGUGUGACGACGAGAUAACCCCACGGUUCAAUAGGGACUUGCCCUAUCUAAGGGAAAAAGACAAUGUCCAUCCAGGUCGGGCCGAGGACGUUCCAUGUCACGGACAUCGAUCGCGAGAAAUGUACUCGCGUCGUGCCGAUGCGCGUGUUGUCGUUUGGGCUGUUUCGGACGGGGACGGAUUCAUUGACAGAAGCCCUCCGCAUCCUCGGCUACAAUGAAGCCUACCACGGAUACUCGCUGAUGCUGAACAACCCGCGCGACGGGGAGAUGUGGAUGCGGGCGUUGCGCGCAAAGUACGACGGCGUCGGGAAGCCGUUUGGGAGGGAGGAGUGGGAUAAGUUGCUGGGGCAUUGUCAGGCAGUCUGCGAUGUCCCUGCGCUCUGUUUCGCUGAGGAGCUGAUCCAGGCGUAUCCUGAGGCGAAGGUGAUUUUGACGGUGCGCGAUCCGAAGGAGUGGUAUUCAUCCAUCCUCGAAAUCACCACCGUCUGCGAACGCUACCCCAUCCUAUACGUCUUCCUGCCUCUGCUCGCCGCUAUCGACGCCCUCUGCCGCAGCCGCUUUCGCUGGGUCCUGCCGGUGAUUUCCCGCUCGGGGAACGAGAUCCUGCGCGGCAGAUUGAAGGAAGACGGGCUUCGGAUCUACGAGGAACAUUAUAAGAAGAUCGAGGCGCUGGUGCCGCCAGAGCGACUGCUGCAUUAUCAUGUGCGGGAGGGGUGGGAGCCGCUGUGCGAGUUCCUGGAGCAGCCGGUUCCCGAAGUGCCGAUUCCGAAGGGGAAUACGAAGAGGGAGAUGAAGUUGAGGGUGCAGGGGUGGAUGGUGUUGGAUUUGAAGGAGUGUGCGGCGAAGGCAGUCACGGUCGCGGCGUUGGGGUGGGUGGGUUGGGGGGUUUAUAGAGCGGGAGUUGCGAUGGUAAGGUGA